AUGGCAGAUCAAUUAAAAGAGUUUGCUGAGAUGCCAAAACAAUUUGUCAAAGAAGGCGCUCAGUUUGUAAAUCGAUGCACUAAACCUGAUCAAUUCAUUAAGAUUUCACAAGCAGUUGCAAUGGGAUUUUUUGUAAUGGGAUUUAUUGGAUUUUUUGUAAAAUUAGUUCAUAUUCCAAUUAAUAAUAUUCUUGUGUAUGUAUUAUCAUCAUCAUCUUAUAAUAAACCAAUUACAUUAGUGAAUAAUUAA